AUGAGUUCAAGCUCAAUCAAGAACGGAUCAUCGUCGAGGUUGACCCAGGCGCCAUCCAACCAGUCUCUGCUACUGGAGAAGGUGAAUGCUAGGACAUCGACCCCAGAUUCCGAAGCGCUAGCAAGCUCCGAAGACGAAGGCGAUCACCGCCACGAAGCAUCUCAAUCCCUUGCGCAGCCCGUGAAGCCUGUUCGCCGGGCCUCUUGGUUGAACGAUACAUCUGCACCUCUCAGCCGACCUCGGAAGGGAUCAUUUGCGAGCAAUUCAAUGUCUCCCACCACAUCACACCCCAGCACCCCGUCCAUCGAAACUGGGGCGAGUGCUUGGGGAUCUCAUUCUACUUCUUCCGUCAUGGCCCGCGCCCCUGGCUCAAACUUCCCCUGGGGGACUGGCAUCUGGAAUAACGAUCGGAAAGAUCCUCCGGCAAGGCUCAGUGAGGUUCUUCCAUCUCCCACUUCGACAGUCCCUCCUGGGGCAGGAAGCAACUCCUUCUUUGGCCCAGAUCCUUCUGGCCUAACCCCAACUUCCUCUGCAGCUCGCGAACCGGGCACCAACUCGCAGAUUCCCUUUCCCAUUCCGCUGCACCCUACACCAAAAACUUACCGUUCGCAGUCGUAUUCUGCUGGACAAUUGGAUCCUGAGACGUCACCCGGCUCUGGCAUGAGCUCUUCCACCGUCAUUGGCCGAGCCCGCUAUCCUACUCUCCAACACCGACCAUCACGGCCUAGCAUGCUCAGUGAGAUGGCGAGUGAUGGAACCAUGCUUGGAAAAGUCAAGGAGGUGGAAGACGAUGACGACGAGAACUCCUCUGAAUCGCUUCAAGGCUCGUUCCAUCAGAGUGCCGAGUCCAAGACUAUCGAAAUGCUUGCGCGAGAGAAUGCCAUGCUCAGACAGCAACAACAACAGCAACAGCAGCAACAGCAGCAACAGCAGCAGCAAUACGGUUCUAGAAUUCGACAACGUGGCGCUCCCGGAUCCUACCAUGGCAACGGAUACCCUCUUCGCGAGUAUGUUCCCGAGGAGGGAGAAUAUGCCAUCGAUGAGCUCGACGAAACGAAUGACGGCGAAGCCAUGGCCAGACGAGCCACUGAUAGGAGAAUGAGCGAGUUUGGUACCACCGGACCGUAUCGCGGCCCUAUGGGCUUUGAGCAACGCAAAGAAAUGCCCUCCUUGAAAAAGGCUCUCUGGUCCAGCUCCCCGAGCUUCUUUGCAAACGACUUUUCUCAGAGCAGACGCCACUCCUUCGCCAACAUGCCCACACGACAGGGCUCUAUCAGCUCGAUUGCCGAUUCUGUGGCUACGUUGGAGGCACCUAAUCCUGAUAAUCAGCUCAACCAGGGGUACCCAUCACCAUUAGGAUAUUCAGACAACGCAGCUUUUGGAAGCUCAAGCAAUGCCAAUUUCUUCCCCGGAAGCAGCAACAUGGCUGGCUCUAUCCCCUCGGCAUUUGGCAACCCCUACAUGUCCCAGUAUGGAAUGCACAACCAAUUCUCGAAUCGUCCACCGUCCCCUCAUCGCAGCGUGUACAGUGUGGGCCAGCCAAGACACAAUCAGCUUCUGCAUGUCGUCCUAUUCAAGUGUGCUAGGGCAGACGUAUUUUACAUCCAGGAAGGAACUGGACUCACCGUCAAGCCUGGCGACUUGGUCAUUGUAGAGGCCGAUCGAGGCACUGACCUGGGAACCGUUGCACGCGACAAUGUCGAUUGGCAGACAGCCAAGGAGCUCAAGGAGCAUUAUGCAGAGGAGCAAUACAAGUGGUUGAUGAUGUAUUCCCAAAACGCAGCUGCUGCUCAGGAAGGCUCUGGUGCCGGCCUCUUGGCUUCGUCCAAUGGCCUCCAGGGCAGCGCCAUUGGCGGCAUGGGACCGCCAAAUCAGCACCACAUGCAGGAGCCAAGCGCCGGUGAGCUGCGCCCAAAGCUCAUCAAGCGGCUUGCUCAGAACCACGAGAUCCAUUCUCUGCGGGAUAAAGAAGGCCAAGAGGCCAAGGCAAAAAGAGUGUGCAUGCAAAAGGUGAAGGAGCAUGGUCUUAACAUGGAAAUUCUCGACGCUGAAUUCCAAAUGGACUGGAAGAAGUUGACCUUUUACUACUUUGCCGAUUCUUACAUUAAUUUCAACUCGCUUGUCACGGACCUCUUCAAGAUUUACAAGACUCGCAUCUGGAUGUCUGCGAUCAACCCGGCCUCAUUUGCUAGUCCCACUCUGGGAAUCCAGGCUCCUAGCGGAGUUGGACCAGGUGCUGUUGGCGUUGGCCGUGGUGCAAACGCAAACGAGCGUCGCCAGAAUCCAGUCUCGCAACAGGAACAGCAAUCCCAGGUCUUUGCAGGCGCCGCGCAAGGUCGGGGACUGCGAUCUGGCUAUGCUCAGCCUCAGCUGGCUGCGGAUAGGCAGGCCCCUUCGGCCACCGGAUUCCCGCCUUCCAACUACGCAUAUGGCUCUGCAGGUGCCUUUGGAAAUGCGCGAAUGAAUGGCGGUGCCUACACCUUGGGCAUUAACCAGGGCAUUGAUCCCUUUGCCAGCGCCGGAUUCCCUCAGUCGGGUGACCUGCAAUCGAUCCGCCAACGAUUUCCCACCUCUCAAACCAUGCCGUCUCCUGGGCCGCACUCCCAAGGCGUGACUGCAAUCUCACCCUCCAACGAAUGGACCGCUAGCUUCCAAGGUCUUUCGCUCAACACUCACUAA